CCUCCGGCGGCACAGGGGCGGUCGGUCCUCCGGGCGAUCCAGAACUUCGAGAGCUACCACGCCCUGCCCAUGGGCUCGGCGACCCCUCAUCAGGUCUCGCGGUGCUCGGGCGGGGUCUCGGACUGGGCCCGCACUGAGAUAGAGGAGGCCCUCGCGAUGGGCUCCUGCGAGGCCCCCAAGCAGCCGCAGCCGGAGCCGCCGACCGACCAGGAGGCGGCGCUCGACGAGGCACUGACCGAGGCGCACGUCCACCUGCUCACCGACCUCUACAGCAGCUACUGCCCCGGCGAGCUCGGCGUCGACGCCAUGGUCCUCGACUGCGAGGGCGACGUCCUCGCGUUGUGGAAGGACGCCCUGCGCGCCGAGAGCCCGCUGGCGAGCCGGCUCCGCGUAUUGCGCGAGCGCCACUCGAGGCC